AUGGCCGCCCAACGACAGGCCUCAUCAGCCUCGCAAACCCCUCACAUUUCCCCUGCCGAACUCUCCUACAUCUACACAUCUCUCUCCCUUCCGGGCGCCCCCAUCCGACCAGACGGCCGCUCAGCAACACAGUUCCGGCCCCUCUCCGCAGAGACCGACAUCCUUCCAGGCACAAACGGCAGCGCGCGCGUGGGCUUCGCAGACGGCACACAGGCGAUCGUCGGUGUAAAGGCCGAAGUUGAGCGGACGGCGCUGGGGAUCGAGGCGCUUACUCAGGCAGAGCAGGAGGAGUAUGCUGCGGAGACCGGCGGUAAUAGCAAUGGAAACGGUGAAAGCGAUGGGGGGAAGCAGGGGUCAAGUACUGGGCAAGGGUCGUGGGUGCAGAUGGCGAUUGAAAUUCCGGGAUUCCGGGACGAUGAUGCGCUGCCGGUUUUCCUGGCGGAGAUGAUGAGGGAGCCGCUUGUUGAGAGUGUUGCUGGGGGUGGGGAGGGGGGAAUGGUUGGUGGGUUAAAGGGGAGGCUUGUGAUUAAUCGAAGGUGGCAUUGGAGGCUGUAUAUUGACGUCCUCCUGCUCUCACAACCGUUGUCCUACCCGCUCCCCCUCCUCUCUCUCACUACGCAUCUCGCCCUACUCUCAACGAAGCUUCCCAAGCUGAAAUCAAAAGGCGAAGAAGACCCCUUCUUCGACGAUGACUGGGACGCCGCUGAGUAUCUCUACCCUCGGGUCAAAUCCACGUACACGAAAUCCACUUCAAUACCGGGCUUGAUAUCAGUGCAUAAAGUCCGACCUCCCGUGACCCUCCUCGUCGUUGCAGUAGCUGAGAACAUCAUCUUCGACCCUAGUCGCGAAGAAAUCGCCGUUGCAGACGCCGUGCUCGCGAUCUCAAUUACGCACGACACAGACUCGGGCCGCUUGAAGCUGCUCUCUAUCCGUACGAUCGAUCCCCCGUCUCGGCUGACACAACCCGGUAUCCCGAACUCGGAGAAUGUAGCUACACUUGGCUCGGCUGCUGCCGCGGAGGAGUCGGUUAUUGUAAACCCGUCGACUGGGGAAGAGGAGGUUCCGGGUGUUUGGAGGCCAAGACGUGGGGGUGUGAAGAGGGCAACAAUUGCCAAGAUGGUUAAGAUGGUGCUCGAGAAGGGCGGGGUCGGGGAGGAAGUACUUGAGGGUCUUGAGGGAGUUGAGGUUGGCUGA